UGUGCAGGAGGUUACUACUCCACCCCCUCGGACAUGACAACCCUAGGCCGCUAGAUCCUUGCCUCCACCCUCCUACCCGCCUCUACAGCCCGGCGCUGGCUCAAGCCCGUCGUCUCUCACACAGCUGACCUAUGGCUCUCCAUCGGCCGGCCUUGGGAGACCGGCCGCACUCGCGUCCUGGUCUCCCUCUCUCGCCUCUAACACCACACGCAUUGUCACGGGUGGGCGCAACUGACCACUGCGUAACACCCUCAAAAGAGGGACCGGGGUUCGAACUGUCCAGUCGAACCAGGAGUUGCGCACAUGAACCUCACACUGUCACGACCCGUGGCGCGCAUCGUAGACCUGUACACCAAGAACGGUGUGGACGGUGCGUAUAUGUUACUCCUCACCCUAUCGCCAGAUCACGGCGUGGGGUUCAUCAUCGCCGUCGACGAACCGAACGUCAGCGCCUCGUAUACCGCCCUGGUGAGAGCUGUGAGCCAGGUGUGGCUAACCGCUGCCGAGCACGCCGGCAGGCAGCAGACUGAAGCUGUGUUCAGCGAGAAUUAUACCCUUCCUAAGGGCGGGUCUGUCGAGGAGGUCAGGAUAGGUGAAGGUGAACCGGGGCUGGAGGUGGCGCGUUUGUUGAGCAACGGGAGCGAUGUCAUAACGAUAUUGGCGUCGCUUCAGGGUGUGCCCCUAGGGACAUAAGUUGGUGCGUGGCUGUAUCCCGCUGUAUUGGCUGGGGAAAUAUUAUUUUCCUACACCGCUGUGCCCUGGGGCGUGCCGGACCUUCAACGACUUACUAUACAGGAAAACCGCGCCCUCGUGGGCCGGGUGAAAAACCCAUAUCGACAAUCAAGGAAACGAUCAGUGUG